GUCCGACACCUCACAACCAUGGACGGGGUACGAGCGUUGGACAUACUGCCGCUGCUAAAUGAACGGUUCGCGCUGCUGUCCGGCGGCCGGGACAAUCGGGGCGGACCGAUCAUCUGCUUCCCGGCCACGACAAAGCGCGAGCGGAUCAAACCGGAAGACAUCAAGCGGGUCGUGAGCUACUUCAUCAACAUACCGAGCGAUGAAAGCAAAAGUCAUGGCUUUACCAUCAUCGUGGACAUGCGGGGCAACGGCAAUACGGCGGCAAGCGCCAAGAUGAUACUGAAGGUGCUGCAGGAAAACUUCGGCACGGACGUCAUCCACCAGGCGGUCAUCAUCAAGCCGGACAACUUCUGGCAUAAGCAACGCUCGUCGAUCGCCAGCAACAAGUACAAGUUCGAGACGACUACGAUAUCGAUCCAGUCGCUCGGCAAGCUGGUGGAACCGUCCCAGCUGACGUCGGACUUUGAAGGCUUCCUGCACUACGAUCAUGCGGUGUGGAUUGAUUUGCGCGUUGCGUUUGAAGAUUUCCUGUGGCAGGCUAGUGACAUACUGGACCGGAUCGACGAUCUGCAGGAAGAUCUAACGCACUCGGAAUGUCCGGAAGAUGUGAACGGCGCAAAGCAUAGCAUCGAUGCACACAAUGAGAUGAAGCGCAAGAUACUGAAGCUUCCGAUCGAGGAUCUGGAUCUGCAGGGCCAGAAGCUGCUGGGAAAGUUGACGACCUACUCGAAUCGCAACGAUGAUGGAUGUCAUUCGGCACCGUUGCCCACCAACUGUAUCAAUCCGGACGUAACGUCUGCGAUGAAUCAGGUUCUACAGCAGCUCGAAACGACUAGGAACGCGCAGCAGCAGCUCCUAAACCUCUGGCAGCAUCGCAAAACGAAGCUCGACCAGUGCUUCCAGCUCCGGCUGUUUGAGCAGGACUGUGAGAAAAUGUUCGACUGGAUCCUGCACAACCGGGACGUGUUUCAGGAGACGUACGUCGAGAUUGGGCACAAUUACGCGAUCGCCAAAAAUCUGCAAGAAGAACACCAACGGUUUGCCAUAACGUCACGCAACGUGUGUGUUAACAUUAAUCGAAUACUGGCGGUUGCGGCACGCCUGUACGAAGGUAAUCACUAUGCGGCCGCUCACAUACGCACCCUGGCGGCACGGUUGGACAAAACGUGGAAAGAUUUCGUCACGACGCUGGACGAGCGGACGGCCGUGUUGACGCUAUCUGUUGUGUUCCAUCACAAAGCGGAACAGUACACGGAGAGCGUGAGCAGUUGGGCGGCUGCGUGUGAGGCAACGAUCCCGACGCCCACCAAUGUGGAAAGUCUUGAGACGGCGAUCGGCACGCAUCAGUCGCUGUACGAAGCGAUGUGCCAGGCGUACACGGAGGUACACUCGACAAGCAAGAAGCUGCUAUAUCAGCUCGAUCAUCUGGUGCAGGUUUGCAACCAGCCGCCGAUCGUCAACACUAGAAAGAAUGACAACUCCCACUUUAACGGGGGCAAUCCGGCGGCCGAUUAUAGCGAAGGUGCUUCGCACGUACUCUCAGUGAUACAUCAAAUACUCGGACAUCACCGUGCGCUCGAAAGCAAAUGGCACGCGGGCAAGCUUCGGCUACACCAAAAGCUUGCGCUACGAUUAUUCCAGGAAGACGUUAAGCAAGUACUAGACUGGCUGCAGAACCAUGGCGAUGUGUUUCUGCGAAAGAACCGCGGAAUCGGCAAAAGUCUCCAGAAGGCACGCAUUUACCAGACAAGCCACGAACACUUUGAAAAUGUCGCCCAAAACACCUACCGAAACGCCGAAAAGCUGCUAGCCGCAGCGGAAGAGCUUGCCCGUUCGGGUGAAGUAUCGCCGCAGGAAAUAUUUUCCGUAGCACAAGAGCUCGAAACAAAUGUGGCCUCGUUUGCGGAGCGGGUCGAGAAGCGACGCAGGCGUCUAGAUCUGGCCGUGGUAUUCUACUCGAACGAGAAAGAAAUCUCCGCCUGGCAGGAACAGUUGCACGCGGAAGUAACGAACGAAGAAUCGCUCGAACUAGCGAACGAACAUCUCGAGGGUACGGAGCGUAUGCUGGAGCAGUGUAAAGAGCAGGAAGAAAACACACUCAAAACGUGCAUGCAAGCAAUCGCACAGGGUGAAGCGUUGCUGCAGGAGUUGCGCGCGAUCGAGGAGGAGGAUAGCUCAGGAUCGCUAACGGCGGUACAGAAUGCGCUCGAUCGCAUACAGAAAAAUCGUCUCGAUCUCGAAGGCCUGUGGCAAACGCGUCGCAUGAAGAUUGAUCUUUACCUACGGUUGCGUAUCUUCGAGCGGGAUGCGCUGGAAGUUUCGUCCCAGCUUGAGAUGUGGUCGGAAGAGUUGCAGCAUACGGAAGUGUCACGUGAUUUCCAGAAAACGGAACAAUUCCUUCGAUUGCACAAUGAAUCAGUGAAUCAGAUGCAAACGACAACGUACCAGGUGAUUAAUCAAGGACACGAACUGAUGCAACUAUUCGAAUCAUCCGGGCUGCUCAUUAUGGCGGAUGCGAACCAUACCGCCCAAACACGGGUACAAUGUUUGUUGGAGUUUUUGCACGAUCGGGAAUUAGACCUGGAAGAUAUGGCAGAAGCGAAGCGCAUCAAGCUGGAACAAUCGAUGCAGCUCUGCCACUUCCAGAACGAUGCCAACCAAGUGAUCUCGUGGAUCCGUAAUGGGGAAGCGAUGCUUAUGGCGAACUUUUCCAUCCCGAACAACUUCCAGGAAGCGGAACAGCUACGGAAAGAGCAUGAACAGUUCCAGGUGGCGAUCGAGCGUACGCAUACGGCCGCCGUGCAGGUGAAGUACCGUGCCGAUGCGCUCAUGAACGCGAACCAUUACGAUCCGCAGAGCAUCAAGGACAUUGCGGAAGAUGUGACCAAGAAGUGGCAGAAGCUGGUAACGUGUGCCGAAGAACGGCACAAGCUGGUGACGGCUUCGCAGAACUUUUUCAAAACAGCCGAACAGGUCUGCUCCGUGCUGGAUAGUUUGGAGAAGGAAUACCGACGAGAGGAGGAUUGGUGCGGUGGUGGUGGAUCAACCGACAAAGGGCAACAGAUUGUGCAGCUGAUCUCGAAACACCAGGAACAGAAGGAAGCGUUCCUGAAGGCGUGUACGCUAGCUCGCCGAACGGCGGAAACGUUCCUGAAGUAUGCAAAUCGAUCGCUUCAGUUUUAUCACGUCAACUCGACGACUGUGAACAGUGAGUCGAGGGUAAAGUCGAUUCUUGAGAAACUACUCGCGCAAGAAACGCAAGUGCUUGAGUAUUGGACGCAGCGCAAAAAACGGCUUGAUCAGUGCCAGCAGUUUGUACUGUUUGAACGGUCCGCCAAACAGGCAAUCGAGUGGAUACACGACACCGGCGAGGCGUACCUUUCGUCGCGGAAGAACAAACUUUGCUCGAGCCGUGAAGAGUCGGAGCUGUUGCUCCGGGAGCACAAUGAGUUUAAGAGCACGGCCAAAGAAACGCGCGAGCGUGUGAAGCUGCUGAUCCAGCUAGCGGACACGCUGGUCGAGAAAGGGCAUGCUCACGCGAGCUCGAUCAAACAGUGGGUGGCGACGGUCGACUACCGGUACAAGGACUUUAGCCAGCGGAUGGAGCUGUACCGCUCGAAUCUAGAGAAAUCACUAGGCCUACCUGGUAUCAUACAGCAACAGGAUGACAAUAACCUUAGCAGUAGCAAUAGCAGUAACAAUAGUAGUAACAGUAGUCUUAAUGCGAGCAGAUCCAUUUCCUCGGUCAACUCCAGCUCGGGCAUCUCGUCGGCCGGAUCUUACUCGAGCGUAAUUGCGGUGGGAGGUGCGGCAUCACCCGUCCCCGGUGCAGUGAUGGGUGGGGACGGUACCAGCAGUGGACCGUGCUCUACUAGCUCCGGCACCGGUACGACCGGAUCCAGUUCCGGUGGAUCAGUGCUAGAGUAUCGCCAUUCGGAUCCAUCGUUGGAAACGAAGCUAAAUGCAGCGGCAGCUGGUUCGGGAGCGGUGGGCGCGGUGCAGAAAGAAAUAAAUGAAGAAAAGCGUAAAUCGGCACGUAAAAAAGAAUUCAUAAUGGCGGAACUACUCCAAACGGAACGCACUUACGUGAAGGAUCUGGAAACGUGCAUCAAUGUGUUUUUGCGCGAGCUCAAGAGCGGCCAGCAGGUGCCCCCGAAUUUGCUCGGCAAGGAGCACAUACUAUUCGCCAACAUUGAGGACAUUUUCCAGUUUCACGAGAAAAUUUUUCUACGCGAGCUCGAAAAGUAUGAAACAAUGCCGGAAGACGUUGGUCACUGCUUUGUGACGUGGGCGACCAAGUUCGACAUGUACGUGCACUACUGUCAAAACAAGCCACAGUCGAUGGACUACAUGGUGCAGCACGGUGGUACGUACUUUGAGGAGGUGCAGCGGAAACACAAGCUCGAACAUUCGCUACCGGCGUACCUGAUCAAGCCGGUGCAGCGCAUCACAAAGUAUCAGCUGCUGCUGAAGGAUUUGCAGUCGUGCUGUGACGAAGGCCAGGGUGAGAUAAAGGAUGGGCUGGAGGUGAUGCUGAAUGUGCCGAAGAAGGCGAACGAUGUGAUGCAUCUGUCGCUGCUCGAGCAGUGCGAUAUGCCGAUCCAGAAUUUGGGCGAUGUGGUGCUGCAGGAUUCGUUCCUCGUGUGGGACACGAAGCAGAUACUGAUUAAGAAGGGGCGGGAGCGGCACGUGUUUCUGUUCGAACUGUACAUACUCUUCUCGAAGGAGGUUAAAGACACCAACGGUACGGUGAAGUACAUCUACAAGAACAAGCUGCUUACGUCGGAUUUCGGCGUAACGGAACACAUCGAAGGGGACGAGUGCAAAUUUGCCAUCUGGACCGGGCGCGCCCCAAUCCUGUCCGACAUACGGAUCGUGCUGAAGGCGAACAGCCUUGAGACGAAGCAACUGUGGGUGAAGCGAAUGCGCGAAGUAAUGCAGGAAACGUACUUCUCCGGCACGUCGUUCUCGCUGCUCAAAUCACCGGCCAAGGUCAGUGGCAAAAACUUGGGCCAACGACUGUCGAAGGACAUAGACGAUACGCUGAACGAUAACGACCAGGACGGUAGUUCGCUGGCAAGCUUCGGUUCUGGCAAUACGACCGACAGUGAGAAGGGUGGAUUAGCGGAGAUGACGUGGGUCAUAGCGGACCAUACGGCAGCGCCGGGUUCGUCCGAACUGAGCGUCAGCAAAGGUCAGCAGGUCGAAAUUGUCGACCUGAACUGUUCGGGCGCGCCCGAUUUCUGCCUGGUGCGUCUGUCGAUCAAUGCGUCCGACAGCCAGGAAGGGCUGGUACCGGUGACCGUCCUGAAGCCGUUGCCAUCCUCCCAUAGCAAAUUGAACAAUAAACAGCGCGACACGGACACCCUGGGAGAAGUCCCGCAGGAAAAUGAUUGCAUACUACCGAACCAGCAUACGUCGCCCGUCAACAAACGGAAAGGCUUCAGUGGGAAAAAAUGGCUACCGACACAGUUCCGGAAGCUUUCGCACGGCAAAUCGGACAAGCUACCCCCGGUGGAGAAGUCUCUCAUCAACAAAAAGGGCUCCGAUAAGAAGGUUAAGCCCAACCAGCAGGAGAAACCACCGGAAGAGCAAGAAUCAUCGACAGCCGCCAGCCAGGUGCAGCUCGAAGCGGAAGAUGAGGAAGCAACGGCGAUCGAACUUCCGCCACCGAUGAAACCGAUUCAGGAUACCGCAUCCGCCUUAAGCGGCGCUAAUGCGGCACCUUCGUCCUCCGAAGAUGCCACCGGCACUGCGAACAAGAUCACGAAGGCACUAUCGCUGAAAUCGCUAGAGGAACCGUCCAGCGCACAGCCACCGGCGGAUCUGACCGAGAUCGAGCAGUUCGUGAAGCAGAAGGUGGAAAAUUUAAAGUAUCUAGAAAAUGACGGUAGCAGUUCGGCGAUGGCAAUGGGGCUGGUCGGCGGUGGUGGUGACGGGAGCGGUACCUCGACGAUGGCACUGAACGGUGGACAUACGAUCGCGGCAAAGCCUGCCAUUUCGCCACAGUUUUCUGAGAAUGAGGCGGCAGACGAGAAUCUGACCGAGGAGCAGGGCAUUGAGGAUAUACUGCGGAAGCGGAACUAUGCGCUGCGGGAGCUCGUCACCACCGAGGAAGCGUACGUGAAUGAUCUUUCCCAGAUCGUAAAUGGGUACAUUGCGGAAAUUCGAAAUCCCUCGAGCACGGUACUCAUCCCGGACGAUCUGAAGGGUGGCAAGGAACGGAUGGUGUUUGGUAACAUUGAAGCAAUAUACGAGUGGCACAGAGAUCAUUUUCUCAAAUCAUUGCAAAAGUGUCUACAGAAUCCUUACGAGCUCGGGUCGCUGAUAAAGCGUAGCGAGCGAAAGCUGCACAUGUACGUCGUCUACUGUCAAAACAAACCUGUCUCGGAGCACAUUGUGCAGGAGCAUAUGAGUUACUUCGAUGAAUUACGCUUAAAGUUAAAGUAUAAACUAUGUUUAGGAGAUAUGCUCAUCAAACCAGUCCAAAGAAUAAUGAAGUACGAGUUACUGUUGAAAGAUAUCCUGAAGCAUACUCUGCGGGCCGGUCUCACUGAGGAGGUACCAGGAUUGAAGGAAGCGAUGCAUAUAAUGCAAGUAGUUCCUAAGGCUGCCAACGACAUGAUGGACGUUGGUCGGUUACAAAAGUUUGAGGGUAAAAUAACGACACAGGGCAAACUGCUGCUCCACGGUCCACUGUACUGUGUCGAGGGUGCCUCAACUAGUGAUAAGAACUCGUACAACUCCCAGAAACCGAAGGAGUUGCACGUGUUUCUGUUCGAGCAGAACAUCAUCUUUGCCGAAAUCGUCGGAAAGAAGACACAGUUCACCAGUCCCAACUACAUCUACAAGGCACACAUACAGGUGAACAAAAUGACACUACAAGAUCUUUCGGACCAGACAAAUGGCAACCGGUUCUCGCUUUGCUCAAUCGACCCGCAACGUUCCAGUCUUAGCUAUAUCUGCACCGCACCGACACCGGAGCUACAUAACGAGUGGCUCAACACGAUACACGAGAUACUGAAAACGCAGAACGAUUUCCUCAAGGCGCUCGUAAGCCCCAUCGCUUACCAAAAGGAACUGACGAAGGAUUCCUAAG